ACAAGAAGAUUGUCCUCCCAUAUUACAGCAAGUACUCCAUGGUUCUGAACUAUGAUGUCACAGACCUGCCGGACUGGGAGAUAAUCGUGGAGGAGCUCGAGAGCCUUGACCUUGACACACAAACUCUUGAGAAUGAAGAACGGUUCCAGGAUUGGAUGAAGACACGCGAGGAUGAUUGGAACCAUUACCGAUGCCUGAUGUCGUCCAAGUGGCAGAUCGAGAACCUGUUCCAGAUACCGGCACCGUGGGAUGCACCCGAGAUGAUGGUCAGCGGUGACGACUUGAGGGAGUUUAUCCUGCUGGUUGAUAGUAUUCCGGAUUUGAAGUAUGCCCCAGGAUACAACCCAGACAAAGCGAACGUACUAUUUAAGUUCUGAGCAUUAUAUCCAUGGCUGUUCAUUCAUGUAUAUUGAGAAGAGUAAUAAACUUUCAAGUCAAGGUUAUUACAAUGUUGACUCUCUGGUUAACAAGUGAUGAACAUCUUAAGAGGAAGAUGAUGGUGUCUCUGGAUUCUCUAAGUAAAUUCUCUGUAGUCAAAAGAAGCGACAUUCUGGGAAUCAUUGAGGAUGAGGCUCAGAUGGUUGUUCUGUUAUCGAGCUUCUCCUGCCAUCGUCAUAGUGCUGUGUGUUAAAUGGUUGAAAUAAAGGAUGGAAGAAGUUA